CUAAAUGUUUUACAAUGCUUAGAACAGUCUCACACAGCAAAGAAUUGUCCUGCCUAAAAUGCCAGUGCCCUUUGACAAAUGCUGUUGAGUGUGAGAUGGGGGCUAGCAUGACUGAAAUAGCUUUUUUAAACUGAAGUUGUUUUCCUUUUUAAAAAUACUGUUACACAUAAAAUACCCCUUUCCAUUAAUUCCCUUUUGGAAAAAUCACAAACAGAAGUAAAUGAUAUACUAUCUCAAUGUGGGUUACUCAGAAAGUAUGCCCAUCUUCUAGCUACUGUUAGCAGCACAUGAGGGCAGUGUACUGUGUCUACUGGGAUUUGAGGAAGUAAAGAGUCAACUGUUGUUCUCAUACAGAGUGUUAGUUUGCUAUUUUUUCUUUUUACUUUAAAACAUAUUUUUACACCUUGAUCUAGUACUUUUAAAGAAAAUCUCAAGGCGAUUGUGCAUUUAUUCUCAUCGUCUUCGUGCAAUUGUAUAGUCACUUACUUAUUUUGGCUUACUACCUUAGAGUGUAUUAUAGUUGAGAUGGUAUUUCAACAUCUAACCAUCUUUUCAGUAACCAAACACCUUUAUAUAGAACCAUGUGCCGAAAAAGAAGUCUGAGCAGUUGAGAUGGAAUGGAAUUCAAGGUAUAGAGGCAAGAGGAUGAGCUUCGGAGUCAAUUAGACCUGAAGUGAAAUUUCAGUUUUGGUACUGCAUGUCACAUGACCAUAAGCAAAUUGCUGAAUCUCUUUGACUUGGUAGCCUCAUCUGUAAAAUGAGGAUGAUAAUUCCUACUUUUGUGAUUGUUUUGAAGAGUAGAGUUACUAUAUGUCUGGCAUGGACUAGGCCCUCCAUAAAUAGGUGCCCUAUAAAGAAUGAUGAUGAUGAUGAUGAUGAAGAAGAUGGAGAGUUCUGUAGCUACUGAACCUUGCCAGAAGCAACCAGAUGAUGAUGAUGAUGAUGAUGAUGAAGGAGAGUUCUGUAGCUACUGAACCUUGCCAAGAGCAACCAGAUGAUGAUGAUGAUGAUGAUGGAGAGUUCUGUAGCUACUGAACCUUGCCAAGAGCAACCAGAUGAUGAUGAUGAUGAUGAUGGAGAGUUCUGUAGCUACUGAACCUUGCCAAAAGCAACCAGGUGAUGAUGAUGAUGGAGAGUUCUGUAGCUACUGAACCUUGCCAAGAGCAACCAGAUGAUGAUGAUGAUGAUGAUGAUGAUGAUGAUAAAGAUAAAGGACAGUUCUGCAGCUACUGAACCUUGCUAAAAGCAACCAGCAUGCAUGGCAUGCUCAUAUGCCUGGAUUCCACAGCAAGGAAUGGUCUGCAGGACCAGGAUUUCUGGUAGGUCCUACUUUAGGACAAGAUGUGGUGGUACUGUUGAAGCGUCAGUCUUUGAUUCACAGACACUUGAGCUUUUCAGCUGGGAAGCCUUUCCAUUUUUUUUUUUUUUUUUAACGGCUUACUGAACCUAUGAAACCAUGGCGGAAGGAGAGACAGAGUCACCUGGGCCCAAAAAAUGUGGCCCAUAUAUCUCAUCUGUCACUAGCCAGAGUGUGAACUUGAUGAUUCGAGGAGUAGUGCUAUUUUUUAUUGGAGUAUUUCUUGCAUUAGUGUUAAACUUACUUCAGAUUCAGAGAAAUGUGACGCUCUUUCCACCUGAUGUGAUUGCAAGCAUCUUUUCUUCUGCAUGGUGGGUACCCCCAUGCUGUGGCACGGCUUCAGCUGUGAUUGGGUUAUUAUACCCCUGCAUUGACAGACAUCUAGGAGAACCACAUAAAUUUAAAAGAGAGUGGUCCAGUGUAAUGCGGUGUGUAGCAGUCUUUGUUGGUAUAAAUCAUGCCAGCGCUAAAGUGGAUUUUGAUAACAACAUACAGUUGUCUCUCACACUGGCUGCACUAUCCAUUGGACUGUGGUGGACUUUUGAUAGAUCUAGAAGUGGUUUUGGCCUUGGAGUAGGAAUCGCCUUCUUGGCAACCCUGGUCACUCAAUUGCUAGUAUAUAAUGGUGUUUAUCAAUAUACAUCUCCAGAUUUCCUCUAUGUUCGUUCUUGGUUACCAUGUAUAUUUUUUGCUGGAGGCAUAACAAUGGGAAACAUUGGUCGACAACUGGCAAUGUAUGAAUGUAAAGUUAUCGCAGAAAAAUCUCAUCAGGAAUGAAGAAGGCAAAAAAUAUCUUUUGUACAAAAAAACAAGAUGAAAAGGAUGUGAAGUGGUAGAUAUACCAAUAAAACUUCAGACUGUAAAAUUGCCAGGAUGCAGUUUUUCCCUUGAUUGGCGUGUGUGUAUAUAUGGAUAAAUAUACACAUAUACACACACAUAUUACUGCAAUCUGUGAUUGCUUCAUCUGUAAAUCAGUUGCAAACCUUUACGUAUUUGACUUAAAUAACUGUAAGAUAUAUAUGUACUACAUUAAAAAGUGUUGAUUAAUAGAUGAAAUUUUUAAAUUAAUUUUUUAAACAUGCCACACAUUGUUUCACGAUGUUAAUGUGCCAAAAUAUUGUUGCUGUCAUGCAGAGUAUAAGAAUGCUUUGAACAAUUUGUGAACUUAGUGAAAUAAAAUAAGAGGAAAGCCAAAAACAAACAAAUAAAAAGCAUAUGGGGAGCUGGUAUUUUCUCUUUAGCUUACUGUUGUGCCUUUUUAUUUUUCUAAUUACAGCAGUAUGAGUUAUGAGUGCCCUAAUUUGUGGUUGGUUUCUCAUUUAAUGUUGUUUCAUAGAGUUUGGAAUGUUUUGAUACAGGGUGAGAAUGGACUUCUGGUUUCAAACCUGCAUUACUGGAGAUAGCCCAAAGAGUAAUUUUCUGUUUUGACAGAUCUUACUGGAAGUAUAUAUGCUAAGCAAAAGAGGUUAUCAGCAUUAAAUUGUUUUGGUUCUAAAUUUGGAACACUAUAUAUAAUUAAAAGUAAGGACUACUAGAGGAUUUAAUUAGAAUAAAUACAUGUUUUGGAAAUACAGUGACCUCUUGCAGUGCCACAAAAGUGCAGAGUGGUAUUAGCUGUCAUCUGCAAUACAGAAUCUCAUUGCUUUUGCACAUGGAGCAUAUAGGAAACUCCAAACAGAUCAAAAUGAGGUUUCUAAUUCUGUUGGGUUCUGUCAUCUAUUGGGUUCUAUGAAGCAAACCACUGUAGCUUUAGCUGGGUUCGGUCAUAUGACUCAUUGUUAGUGGAAUGCCUCGUUUUUCAUCUUAUAUGCAGUCUGGGGAGUGGAUGGGUACAUAAUUUCUUAUGUAUUCAUGUGUCCAUUAGUGAAUAGUUCAAGUCUGUUUAAGAAUGUUUUGAGAUGGCAUUCUCUGCAUGUUAAAGAUCCUAAUGGCAACCAGCACCUCUUAAGUAUGGUUUAAACAUAUUCUUAGCUAAAUUUUUUCCAUUAGUUUUUGAAAUUGAUAGCAGUUGUCUGAUCCACAAGGGCAAGAUCUUCUGAGUACUCUGGAGCGUGUGUAUGUGUGCAUGCAUGUGUGUGUUGGAGUGAGUGAGAGAAUUUGUCUGUGCAUGUGCCCAUGCUUUCCUAGAAUGUCAAGUAGAUAUUUUUACAUUUUGAGUUUUAAAACAAUUGCUAUCAGACUGAGAUCUUGUAUGCCAAACUUUAAUCUGCUUUUAUGUUUUCAGGCUGAAGGUGUGAAAAUCCUAAGAGGAUUUCAUAUUGAAUAUGUGUACACAAUCUUAACUAUUGUGGUGGAAAACAUACUACUAUAAUUUAUUAUUAUAUCUUCCAGAUAAUGUUAUUCAUUUAGAACAAAUAAGGUAUAUUUUUUAGAAUCAACUUUGUAAGCACUAUAAAAUCUUUAAUAAGUUAUCAGAUCUAUGAUGUGUUUACCUUAAAAAUUGCUGUUGAAAGCAACAUGUAUUAAAUACGUAAUUAUCAUCUGGGU